AAUAUAUGUCGAUGUGGCAAAACUCGCCUAUGUUUGAAAGGGUGAAUUGAAUUCAUGUUCAGUCCCUCGUUAACCUGAACAUGUGCAGCCCGGCCUAAAGCAUAGCUGGAGUGCUGACAUACAGGAGGAGUUUGGCAAAUGGAAGAUCACAGGGGCCUGGGUGGCGGUGCCGGAGGCGAUGGUGAAGGGAUGAUAGAGCGGAGGUCAUCUGCUCGGAAGAGACAUAUAGCUCCUCGACUUGCUGUUGUAGACGACGCUUCGCGCAAGCAGGCGGCGACUGCACGUUUAGAAGCUCUUGAAAAUGACAAUGGCGCAUUCGACGGGAUUGAAGAUGAAGAUGAUGAUGCUUACAUGGGGGAGGAUACCGAACUUCAAGAAGUGUUCAAGCAGAAGAGGGCUAAGCCAAAGAGACGAACAAGGCAAGCAAGGGCACUCGAGAAAGCCGGUGCCAAGAAGAAGGAAGCAAAAACCUUUGCAGACUAUCUUGAGGAGCUAAUUCUGAGACCCUGUAAAACCAAAUCCUUCGACUUCCAGCUGCUGAGCAAAACCAUAUAGUACGAUCUAACAAGCUGCACAGCCUAAAAGUUUUGGCUGCCAUUGCACAGGGCGAUAAAAAGAACGUAGUGUA